CUACAGGAGACGACCAGAGACUGCAGACAUAGUACAGGAAAUGACCAGAGACUGCGAGCAUAGUACAGGAGAUGACCAGAGACUGCAGACAUAGUACGGGAGAUGACCAGAGACUGCAGACAUAGUACAGGAGAUGACAAGAGACUGCAGACAUAGUACAGGAGAUGACCAGAGACUGCGGACAUACUACAGGAGACGACCAGAGACUGCAGACAUAGUACAGGAAAUGACCAGAGACUGCGGACAUAGUACAGGAGAUGACCAGAGACUGCGGCCAGGAGAUGACCAGAGACUGCGGACAUAGUACAGG